ACAAAUUCAUCCCCAUCUCCAGCCAGCCAUCAUCUCUGUCGUCUACAGCUUGGCUACACUCACUCACCUCUACCGGUCCUAGUAGGUCCAGCUAGCAGCAAUGGCCAUCCGUGGAGGAGCCAUUGCCGCUCUGCUGCUGGUGGCGUUGCUGGCGCUGUCGUCGUCGGCGUCGGCGCAGUUUGUCUCCCGGAAGCCCAGCAAGCAGCCCCAGAGGACGUCGACGCCGGGGGACCCCAAGAAGCCCCCUCGCAAUGGCAAGUUCACCACCGUCGUCGCCAACAGGCACCACAAGCGCAACUACGAGAUCACCUGCACCACCGACUGGGGCGCCUCCUGCUACGUCAAGUGCCCUGCUCGCUGCCCCAACAAGUGCCUCGCCUACUGCGCCUACUGCCUCACCUUCUGCAUGUGUGAUCUGAUGCCGGGCACCUCGUGCGGCGACCCGCGGUUCACGGGCGCCGACGGCAACACCUUCUACUUCCACGGCAAGAAGGACGAGAGCUUCUGCCUCGUCUCCGACGACCGCCUCCACAUCAACGCGCGGUUCAUGGGCAACCACAACGCCGACUCCGGCCGCGACUUCACCUGGGUGCAGGCGCUCGGCGUCACCUUCGGCGCCGGCGACGGCACCCACAGCCACAGGCUCUACGUGGGCGCGCGCAGGGCCGCGGAGUGGGACGAGGACGAGGACCACGUGGUGGUGGCGCUGGACGGCGAGCCCGUCGACGUCGAGCCGUCCAAGGGCGCGCGGUGGGCGUCGAGCGCCGUGCCGGGGCUGACCGUCACGCGCACCGACGCCGCCGCCAACGCCGUCGUCGUCGAGCUCGACGGCGCGUUCGCCAUCUCCGCCAACGCCGUGCCCAUCACCGACGAGGACUCACGCGUCCACGCCUACGGCAAGACGGGGAAGGACUCGCUCGUGCACCUCGACGUCUCCUACCAGUUCCACGGCGGCCUGACCAAGGACGUCGACGGCGUGCUCGGACAGACCUACCGCCCGGACUACGUCAACAAGCUCGACAUCAGCGCCAAGAUGCCCGUCAUGGGCGGCGCCGACAAGUACCGCUCAUCGGGGCUCUUCGCCACGGACUGCGCCGUCUCACGGUUCCGCCGUGCCGGCGGUGGCGCUGACGCCGGCGGCUUCACCUCCUUCGCCUCGUAAAUGGCACCACACGCGCGCGCUCUGAUCCGGAAUUCCGGUCGUCCAUGAAAUAAGCCAGCAUCUGAUCUUUGCCAACGUAUAUGUAAUACAUUCCUGUAGGGGCCAAGGCCCCUCCAGUUCCUUAAAAAAAAACGUAUAUGUAAUACGUCUUGCGUACGUAUAUAGCGUGUACGCUGGGCCAUAUAAACGUAACAGAAGUCUUGUGUAUUGUUUUGUAUUUGUGACGGAAAUUUAUAAUAUACUAAUGCAUUCGGAUUGUAAUCUUGUUGA